GGGACUCGAGCCAGGCUCCCUCCCAGCGUGUUAUUUGCAGACCGGACUCCAGCCUCGGCGGAGCAGCCCGCCGACGGUCCGAACCCCGCUCCGCUCCGCGUCGCAGAUGUCGCUCCCCGUGGUGCUGCCCGGCUCCUGCUGCCCGGCCGGCGGGGCUCCGCCGCUGCCGGAGCCGUCUCUCCGCGGCCGAGCCCGCGGCUUGUCGGCCUCGUCGCGGCUCGCCGGCGGCGGCGGCUCUCGGCUGCUGCUGCCCGGGCGGCCGCUGCUGUCGCUGGGCUUGCUGCAGCUGCUGCUCGGCGGCUCCAUGGUGGCGCUGUCCUUCGGGGCUCUGUCCCUCAGCAGCUCGGCCCCGAUCCGGAACUCGUGUCCGUUCUGGGCCGGAUCCUCGGUCAUUCUGUCCGGCAUCGUCGGCCUCACCACAUGGAGAAAGCCCAUGCUUCUACUGGUCAACGUGUUUGUGCUGCUCUCAGUGGUGUGUGUGCUCCUGAACCUGGCUGGAUUCAUCCUCUGCUGUCAGGGAGCUCAGCUGGUUUCCAGUAUGACCAGCUGCCAGCUGAGUGAGGCUGGAGAUGUGUGUUACUGCUGCUCCCUCGCUCCUGCCUCCAAAUGUUCGGAGGAGAAGGUUCUGGAGCUGCACCCGGCUCACUCCUGCAGCACCAUGAGGAUCCUGCUCAAGAAGGUUCUGUUCGCCCUGUGCGCUCUGAACGCUCUGACCACCGCCGUGUGCCUGAUGGCAGCCGCGCUGAGAUACCUGCAGAUCUUCACUGCCAGAGCACCGUGCACGGACGAGUCAAGGACCAGUGUGGAGAACCGGGAGGAACCGCCGGAGGUCCCAGACCCAGACGACUUUGUGGCCCCGGCCCCUCCUCCCUCCUACUUCUCCACUUUCUACUCCUACACUCCUCGCCUGGCUUGUCGGAUGGUGGGGAACAGCGGGAUCCCCCUGCCUCACAUCUACGGCGCUCGGAUCAAAGGUGUGGAGGUCUUCUGUCCGUUAGACCCGCCUCCCCCGUACGAGGCUGUGGCUGUGGCCCCGCCCACUGGAACUGCACAGGAGAUUGAGUUGACCUUGGACCCCAGCAGGACUUCAAGGACUCCUGUUGAAGACGCCCAGGUGGUGCCUGGCUCGGCGGGCGCUGUGCCUCAGGUCCGGCAGCCUGCUGUGGCUCCGACCCGGAGCAGAGGAAGGAUGUGUCGCUCCCACAGUGACCCGGUGCUGAUUGACCUCGCCGCUAAAGUGUGGAACAGCAGUGGCCUGGCCCUCGCUCCUCCUGCUGCCCUGCAGACCACAGACUCGUCCACCCAGACCUCCCAGCCCACGCUGGCCCUGCAGGCCCAGGCCCAGGCCCAGGCCCAGGUCACGCUGCGACGGGGGAGAAACGGGAAGCGGACCCACCCCCGGGCUCGACCCACCUCCAUGGUGGACUACCAGAGCUACCAGCACACUCAGCACCUGGUCAGGAAGAUCCUGGAGCAGCCCGCCGCUCAGGGCUUGGCUCCCGAGGUGCAGGAGCUGGUGGACAGCAUCCGGAACGUGCUGCAGUCGGACCAGGAGCACAUGGACGAGGCCGUGCGCUGUGCCAGCUACAUAGAACAGGUGUUCAGUGAGUCAGACUUGGCGUCCGGUCGUCCCAGACCUGAGCCACAGAGCGGCGCCGGCUCCCAGACGUUUCCCCGCCCCCCCUGCAGACGAGCCGGCCUGCUCCACCUGCCGAGCUGCGGGGACCUCAGCUCCUACACCUGCGCCGCGCUGCAGCCCCCGGACCGCCCGGGACCGAGGCCGGGCUCCAGGACCGGGCCCCGGGCCGCGGCCCGCCUGGAACACCCGGAACGCGCCCACAGUCUGAUCGGCGUCUUUCGAGAGACGGUGCUUUGAAGUGACGUUCGCCGACUUUGCCUUAUGUUACUUUUCAGAGGAAGUAACCUGGACUGCAAAUCCAACCUGUGUGUGUGUGUGUGUGUGUGUGUGUGUGUGUGUGUGUGUGUGUGUGUGUGUGUGUGUGUGUGUGUGUGUGUGUGUGUGAUUUUAUAGAAUGAUGUCUGUUUGCUUUGGUAAGAAUGGCUGGAUACCUGGAAUGUGAAGUUUUUUCUAUGAUUUCUAAACAUUUACAGAUUCAGCAGUGGGGACGGUUUGUCUCGCCGUGACAGCUGUGAAGAACAGACCUGUCAUUGUUACUCAGUGUUCAGAUGUGAUGGUUACUUUCAUCACACCCAUAUUCUUAUAAACGUUAAUGCUUUAUAUUAUUGGCCUUUAAGAUCGUAAUAAACAUUUGUUUCAGAAGGAAGAGGUCAGAGUCAGUAGUAAUCAUUCAUUUGAGUUCAAGCUGAUUUUGUCAUUUCUUAGUUGCCUUUGGUCCACAGUCCAGCAGAGACGCUCUAAAACAGGGCUGUCAAACGCAGUUUCACGGAGGGCCACAGCAGGGCCUGAUUUAACUUAUAAAUGUAACUAAAUGUAACUGAAUGUAAUGCAGAAUAAAUGUAACUACUCCUUAAUGUUUAAUAACUCUGAAUGUAUUAUUUAUUCAAAUUAU